AUGUGACUGCGAUUAAAUUGCUCCGUUUAUUCGGAAGCCUGUUGUUUUAACGUCCAUCACAGCAUGGGUUUAGAAGCCUGGUACAUGGACAGCUCUGAUGAAGACCAGAGAAAGCCGCACAGACUGGUCCCAAAUCAGCCCGUUUCCCUGGACGAAUUAAAAAUGCUUGGGGUGUUACACUGGAAGCUGAAUGCUGACAUCUAUGAAACAGACCCAGAGCUGGAGCAGAUUCGUAAAGACCAAGCCUACUCCUAUAUGGACAUUAUCACUAUUCACAAGGAUACACUGUCCAACUAUGAGGAAAAGCUGAAGAUGUUCUUUGAGGAGCACCUGCACUUGGAUGAUGAAAUCCGCUACAUCCUGGAUGGCCAAGCCUACUUUGACAUCAGGGACAAGGAGGACCGAUGGAUCCGCAUCGCCAUGAACAAGGGGGACCUCAUUACCCUGCCGGCUGGCAUCUACCACCGCUUCACCCUGGACGAGACUAACUACACGAAAGCCAUGAGGCUGUUUGUGGGGGAGCCAGUGUGGAAAGCGUACAACCGGCCCGCUGAUGGCUUUGACAUCCGCCAGAAGUAUGUGGCUUCUCUGCAGGGAUCCUGAGAGAACGCUGCACCUGCACACAACAAUAACUACACAGUGGUCUCCAUAUGACCACUGUUCAUGCAAGACUAAGGACUUUUAAUGUGAUUUGGUUAAACACAUGAAUGAAUGAAAUGAUGUAGCCUUCAUAUAGACAAUCUCAGAGAUGGAAUCUUAGUCACUACAUUUACUCAAAGGUACAAGUCUUUUGAGUUUAUGCUUCUACUGUGCUAUUGUUACUUGUUGUAUUUACAUACAAAACACACAAUCAUCAACUCAUAAGUAUUUUCUAAUUUAAUGUUCAGAUUCUGUGACUCACAAGUGAGAGAUAACUAUUCUGUGCUAAUGGGGUGGACCAUUUCUGACAGUUAAAUAUACAUUUUUUGUUGUAUGGAAAAUAAAACUGCUGCUAUUGUCAGUCUGUUAUGUUUUUUUCCUAAACCAGAUAAGUUGAUUAAAAAAACAGCUUUAUUUAGGAUAAAACAGUUUUUUAAAUAUACAUAAAUAUGAUCAACACAAUAUGUAAACAGUGAUAAUUAAAGACCCACUAUGACAAAUCACUGAAAGAUUUAACAAGACAAUUAUUUUGAUAUAAUCAGUUAAAAUGAAAAAUAAUCAGCUUCUUUGAUAUGUGCAAUUUAGGAUUCCUAAUAUUUGUAUUUUUGAUUAGUGGAGAGGCUAAAUGGAAUCAGAAAGGCUUAUUUUUGAGUUAAUAAACCUGGGAU